GAAGGAUUGGGCCUAAGUAGUCUGACACUAAGUAUAAUUACUCAUGAUUUAAGAUCAUUCAGUGUGAGCCUGAUUUCUCUGACCCCAUUGAACGCACUAAUUUCUGACCACCUCCCAAAUGAGAACCCGUCACGAGGUGAUUCUCAGCCUUGCGUCCUGGCUGACUAAGCCACCUCCAUGGUCCAGCUGAACCGCGGGCAUACGGCUAUUGAUCAUAACACUCUCCCUCUCGAAAGCUUUGACACUACUCUUUGAAAGGCUCCUAUCCCAUGUCCUCUCAUCCUGAUUAACAAGUCUUUCUAAAGAAAUGCAGUCUGAUCUUGAACUUGGGCAUAUCCAUGACCACGGCCGAGGUAGAAGCAGCACAGCCUCCUUGGUAAGCGGAAGCAUGGCUACCGAUUUCGAAAGGCCGGACUUGCUCGCAAAGAGUCCUAGGUAUUAUGAGAUAUACCUGAACCCCAGAUCUUAUUCGGAGACACACCAUGCGACCUAUCGGCCGGGAAGAAAAUACAGAUCUGUUGAGGAUUACCGUCACAAAGACAGCUUAGGGCGCGUGUGGAUAGGUCGUGAAACCGACCGUUACUUGAGUGCUACGGAUGGGCGACUAGUAGAACUGGUAGUUCAAGCGUCCGAGGAUAUAUGCCACGGCCCCGCCAACUCGACCUGGGCUCGGAAGAGAAUUGAGGAAUCUACCCCGACGAUACUUCGAGUUGUGUACUCGCUUUUGGGACGACACCUUCAGAGUAAUCAGGACGCAUGGUCAAGGGUUUGCAUGUGCUUGGAGUGGCUUCCGUCCUGUGUGACCAUCGCUGGUCUGUUAUUUCUUCCAACAGAUCUAGGUGGAGAGUUGAGAAACAAUGGCCAUUACGAACAGUUCAAGUAUCACUACUGGGGCUAUUCAACGGCUUCAACCAAUCUUCAUGAGGUCGAUCCAUCGAGCAUUAACACUCUGCCGGGCCCUCGUCAAUUUGCAAACGGGAUAUCAAAGCGGCCUCUACGCCCGAGACGGCUGUGCUUGCUUCAAGACGACGGGGGUAUUGACAUCGUUAAUGUCGAAGAAUGGGAGGCAGUGUGUGGCAGCCUCGAGUAUCUGUUCAUAUGCUAUACCACUGAGCAGUACAGUCAUGAGUCGAACGAAGACAUGGAUGAACUUCAUCGCAUUGCUAAAGCUGCUACCCGGAAGGCAGGGGUUGCGGCUUACUGGAUCGCGUGCAGCUGCAUGCCUGAUGAUGACGACCAAUUUGAAGACGUCUACCGGAUCAGCGAUGUCGUGAGGGGUGCCCAAGCCUUGGUGGUAAUUAUUGGUCCCUCUCCAGGUCUCAGCCGAGAGGAAGGUGAAAUGCUUCGUCAUUUGGGAAGUCGACUGUGGACCUUUCCUGAGGUCCUCCUAAGCCCAUCGGGCCAACCGAUCUCCAUAUACAAGCGUGAUUGCCCCCCAAAUUCCUUCCGGGUUCUGUCGAAGCGGAACUUCGCAAUUGAAGCCUGGGGAGACACAACUGUCUCAAGAGAGCUUAUUGAUCAUUAUGAAGGUUCAAUUAUACUCAGCCCUCUCGAGCUGGUCUCCAUUGCCUUACAAUGCUUUCCGAACCGUGAAACUACGAGGUACUAUAACGGAGACCUUUCGUACGCCCUGAUGGGUUUGUUACGACGUCGUCCAAGUGUUAACCCGAAUGACUCGGCCUUUGAAGCCUUUUGUCGAUUGUCUUGGGCCAACGACAGCGAUCGGGUGCUCGAGAGGCUAAUAUGCAUGCUACCCCGAAACAUCGACCAGCCUUGGUAUGAGAUCAACGACUUCUGGGGCAGUCAUCUUUGGGACAUUGAACCUCUUUGCCAAGUUGUCGGCUUCGGCGGCAAAGACACUGUAAUUAUGAGUGGUGCCUUUGGUGCUCCGAUUCGUUGGACAUCCUUGGAGCCGGUCAACAUGUUGAUGCGUAAGACGGCAAAACGUUCGGUGGCCAGAUUUGUUCUUCGCAGCACUCCUGGUUGGAUUGUUAUAGGCGUGAUGUCGCUAGCAAUUAGCCGGUCCAGAACAGGAACAGACGCCUACCUUGCAUUCACUGUGAUCGGGUGGAUCUUAACAGGCCUGUACAUUUUGGUCAUGUUGGCGUCUCCGUACCUAAUAUCCAUUCUUUAUGUUGGGAAGACAUGGGCGUCACAGCCAUGGCUGUUUGGAUUUGAGGGGUACAUGGAGAUAGGUGAGAUCGAGCAGCUGGUCUUCGGUAUUAAUCUCGGCCGUUUGAAGUGGAGUCCCUAUUCCAGCGACCUCUCGCUGCAUGUAUCCCAGAACGGUGAGUGCGUGGGGAAAGAUCCCACUUGCAGAGAAUCCACCGCACAGUUUGUGUCCGCUGCGCAGAACUCGCGGUAUGGAGAGCUCAAGCUCUUCACCUUAGUUGAUACGAAUACCUUGACCGUCACCUUAUUCCGGGCUCGCCGCCCGCCGGUGGCAAUGCUACUUUGCGGCAGCGAGGGUGGUAUGCAGCGAGCGCUGCUUUGUUCUUAUGAUUGGAAAUCCCAGACCCUCUAUCGCGAGAAUGUCCUGCGGGUGGACACGCUCGUCUUGGACAAAAUGUCACGGGUGGAUAGAUUCCGGCUUGGUCUGAACAGGCCUAUGGCGGAGACGGUAAGGGUCACUUGCCGAACGUGAAGUGAUGUUACAUGCGCAAGUCAAGCCGUAACAUACAUGUUCGAAGCGAAGCACUUUUCGGUCGUAGAAGGGGCAUCAAGAUAUCUAAUGUGAUUCCGUAGUUCAGCUAACAAACACUCUAUGGCAGUCUUGCAGCAUUUCAUCAAGAAGCUCAUUGAUCACUACGCCCGCUACUCCAUGGCCCAUGCUUCGCUCAUGCGGUCUACUUCUUGUACUUCUUUACCUCCCGCUUGAAGAUCACGAAAGGGUAGCAGACAGUAGUAAAAAACGAAGCCAAACACACAUUCAGUGAUGGACGAAUGAUGCCUGAGGACACAGCACAUGGG